CCAUUGACCAGGCAUCCCUUCCGGUAGAUGAGGUCAACUUUUCCCUAGAUCCGCCAUUUCAGUCCGGGAGGUUUCUCGUUGCUCACUUAUUUGGGGGUUUCUUGGCUUAUUUUAUCAUAUAAAACAUUUGUCUGGAAGUCUUUCGUCUCUCUACGAAACGCAGAAACCCUCCCGGCGGCAAAGUUGCUCGCGAGAACCCGCCUCAAGUCGUGAUAGCACACCUUUUUUUUCCAAUGCCGGGGAGCGUCCCUGACCCAAAGUUUUUUGUAUGAGUUGCGGAUAAAAAAAAGGCGAAGGGGGGGAACAGGGCCUCGAGCCUCGGGGCGUUCAUUGUUCAGUCAUGGCCGGUAAUUUUGACGCCGAAGACCGCGCGAGUUGGUACUGGGGCAGGCUGAGCCGCCAGGAAGCCGUUUCUCUCUUGCAGGGACAGAGGCACGGCGUUUUCCUGGUGAGGGACUCCAUAACCAGCCCUGGGGACUACGUGCUGUCCGUUUCCGAGAACUCCAAAGUGUCCCAUUAUAUCAUCAACAGCAUCAGUAAUAACCGUCUGUCCGGCUCAGGCGUGGCUCCUCCGCGGUUUCGCAUCGGCGAUCAGGAGUUCGAGGCCCUGCCGGCCUUGCUGGAGUUCUACAAGAUCCACUACCUGGACACUACCACACUCAUCGAGCCCAUCGCCAAAUCCAAGCACAUGGGAUUCAUCAGCUCUGUCGGCGCGCCCCCGCAGCAGACCGAGGAGGCCGAGUAUGUCCGGGCACUCUUUGACUUCCUCGGCAACGACGACGAGGACCUCCCGUUCCGCAAGGGUGACAUCCUUCGUGUGCUGGAGAAGCCGGAGGAGCAGUGGUGGAACGCCGCCAACCAGGAGGGGCGCGCCGGAAUGAUCCCCGUCCCCUAUGUGGAGAAGUACCGGCCCGCCUCGCCCACGGCGACCGGCCCGGGUGCCCCCAUGGCGAGCACGGGACAAGGGGGUCAGGUUGGGGGCGCGGCAGCUGGCACCGACGGAACAGGGCCGCCCCAGGCCCUGGGUGACCCGGGCCAGUACGCCCAACCGGUAGUCGCCACCCAGCUUCCUAACCUACAGAAUGGACCAGUGUACGCCCGGGCCAUUCAGAAGAGGGUGCCCAACGCCUACGACAAGACGGCACUGGCCCUGGAGGUGGGCGACAUGGUGAAAGUGACCAAGAUCAAUGUGAACGGCCAGUGGGAGGGCGAGUGCAAAGGCAAGCGCGGCCACUUCCCAUUCACCCACGUGCGACUGCUGGAACAACAUCACCCGGACGACGAGAGCUGAGAAAACGCUUGUCGCCGGCAACCCGCCUCUUGCGCGUGUCAGGAAAGUGGAACAAAAAAAACAAACAAAAACAAAACAAAAAUAUCAUGACAGAAGCACACACCCACAAAACAAAUUUACAAGCUAAACAAGUUGCAGGGACAAGCUUAGAUUGAACGCCUUCUUUUUUUUGAUGGACGGUAGAGCUCAUAUGAACGACAACACUGAAAAUAUUCCAGAUUAUUCUGGUUGUCGCGGUUAACACUCAAACCCAAAACGAGAUAACACUUUAAUUUUUGUACAAUUUUUUUUUUUAAUUGAUAAGGUAUAUGAAUGACUAGUCUAUUUUUAGCUUGCGUUCUCCCGUGAUGAAUUUUUAACCCCAACGGCAACUUUGUUGUGCCUCUUAUUUCAUAUUAAAGGCUCAUCACAUGUGCAAACCAAAAAGUGAAUGUUUACACGUCCAUCGUAGGGAUGGGUGAUCGAUUACGUAUUACUCGCCAAUCCAUUGUGUCUUGAAGCAAUGGAUGCGAACUGGAUGCCUCCACAGAUUGAGAGAAAUAGGCGGCGCUGCAUCCAUGCUUUCAAACAACGAUGUUUGCUGCAUUAUUUUGCUUAAUGCAACUCUGGCAUUGAAAGAGCAAUUCCGAACAGUCAUUCACAUUUGUACAAUUGUUACAGUAGUCAAUCAAGGAAAACGUACUCGAGCCUCGUUGUGCUAAAACCCCGAGCAUUAGCUCACCUCGCUAACAUGAACAACUGGACAAUUCUUGACAUUUCCUCAUCUUUGUGAUACAAAAUAUAAAUCGUCCUAGCCAAACUUCAGUCUUCUGUUUUACAAUUCGGUUAGCACCUAGCGACUUCUUAGCUAAAAUGAAAGAUGUGCAACAGACCUUGGCAUCCGACGUUCCUUGUACAUCAACCAAACAGUCUAUUCCAAUACCCAUACUCAAUCUGGCCAGAACCCAAACAAGCUACAACACAGUUAACUAUCAUAGCUAAACAAGCAUUACCUCAUUGCGCUAAUGUUAAAAGGAAAAAAAAAAUCCACUUUUCGACACCAAAUACAAAAAUCGCCAGCCAAACUUCAGGUGAAGAUGAAAGCUGCAUGAACCAAACCUAAUUGUCUCCUGGCUUUGACUCGUAUUUGAUCAAUAAAGUGUAGUGAAAUACCCUUCCCUGAAUCAGCCCAGAACUCAAACAAGUCGGAUUAAAUAUCCGAAUGACCUGCCGGUUGAUGCGUCGAGAUGUAACAUUUUGAAACUCAUCCGAAUGUCAGUCUUCCCUAUUUCAGCUUUCAUUUUUAAUCAUAGAAACGUAAGUAACGGCCAUGCUUAGUCUAGCUAAAACUCAAACGUUACAGUCAUGAUCCUAGCUUUAGCUUUAGCUUGCUACCCUAAAAAAAAUCUGUUAAGUAUUGGUGGUUCAUUGAGGGAUGUAAAAUGUAUCUUCUUUGUGACACAAAAUACAAAACCAAACUUCAGUCCGUGUUGAUUUGUAUUUUACACCCAAAUGUUGCUAGUGACGAUGAGAUGUGCGAUCCCAAACAAGGAAAGGAAAUAAAGUGCCAAUCCCUUAAUUGGCCAGAACCCAAAUGUCACAUUAACAUAACCCAAAAUCGAGUUAAAUAUUUUAGCUACCUAGCGUUAGCUUUGUAAGCUAAAACGAACAAAAAUAAAAAUUGGGAACAAUUUCCAAAUGGUUCCUCAUGGUUUCAUGGCAACGGUCAAACAAGCAAACUCGACCUCAACGUAUGAGGCUACAACACUUAGUUUACUUCCUACCCAGUAUUGUUCUGUAUUCCUCACAGCUGAUUUUCCACAAGGGAUUUUUUUGUUUCUGUAUGCGCGCGGACUAUUUUUCACCCAACUAUCAGAAUUAAAUUCACUCAAAACUGGCACAGCACUGCACACUUUGUAGUGUCAGUUAUUUUUAAGUCGCAAGCGUCUCAUGAAAGUCACACUAAAAAAAGAAGUGCAAGAUGUUUUCUGUCGAUGGAACAAUGCGAGGUUUGCUUCCAGGCUGUGCUGAGACGUUUAUUCGAGCAAACGUCUUUACCCUGUUUGAGAUUUAGAUUUAUUUGCAUAAGAACCGACGAAAUGAGCGAGUGACCUUAAUGACCAGCCGCUAGUCAAUAUUUCUUUAAGAGCUUACCACUUUGUUUAAAUAAAUGAUCAGCCAAUCCUAUAAACCAAACCUUUUUUUUCUGAAUUAAUUUUCAUUCAGUGCCAAUCACUGAAAAUUAUUUUUAAUUAGCCCAACUUGUCCUCGGUCUGUAUUUGUAUUCUUUCUGAAAAUAAGUCUUCCGAGAAUAAAGUUAAAAUACUACAAAAACAAUUUUAGGAGAAAAAAAAUAAUGAGAAUGUGAUGACAAUUUAGUCUCAUGACUCUUGGCCCCCCCGUGUUUUCCAAUGUAGAAAAAAUCGAUUUAAAAAAUGUUAUAAAUAUUACAUUUGUAAUCUAUGCUGAAAGUCUUCCUUUUACAUGAAAUAAGCCAUAUUGUGAGGAUAUACCCAAUAUUGGAAGAGUGAACACGGAAUUUUACACCGAAAGACGUAACAUUGUGUAAUGGUCAUUUUACAAGGGAAAGAGGCAUUUCAAUAUUUGUUUUACAUUUCAACAUUCUUUCUCUUUUUUUGUUUUGUUAAAUACUUUUCAGAAAAAGUUAUCCCUCGUGUGGCCUUAUUACUGCUUUGUAUAUUUUAGACCAGAGGUAAACAUGCUGCUAAUUGCUGAAAGCGUUUUUUUUAACUCAUAUGAAUGCUUAAAAAAAAAAGAUGAUUCCUAAACUCUUGUCGUAGCUUUGGGUAGAACAUCUUCAAUGGGAUUAUCGUAGCUCAUGUGAAUGCUGAAGAAACCAUUUAGGAAUCUGCUAACAUGCACCUUAAUCCCUUCA